UUGUCGUCGCUCGCGGGACCUUCGCUCGUCCGUUAUCUUAUCUUCGUAAGCGUAUUUGGUAAAUACACCGGUCGUCCUGUUUCUCGAGAAGCGAGGUUUCGUUCCGGGAACGCUCUCGCUUUGUUUUCAUGACGUGUACGUUUCCCGGAAACAAAAGCGUUCGAGGAAAUCCUUGUUUUCGUUGCGUGAAGCCGUGUUGUGUGAAGGAAGAGAGAAGGUUAUUGGUGAACAUUGUUCCAAUUUUAUCGUCGUAGUAACCGGCCGCAUCCGUGGAACAUCUAUCGCGCUAGGUUAAGUGUUUGGAAAACGGGGAUAGGGGAGUCGGGGAGUGAGAAUAAAAAAGAGAAGAAGGGACAAAGGAAAGGAAGGGGGGUAGGGAGAGGAAAGGAAGAAAGAGACGCAGUGACGUGCAGUGAGAUCUGUGGUAAGGAGACUCUUGGGACUACGAAAGCCCGCUUACGACGUGACAUGACGGGGGAAAUCGUCCACGGAGAGGGUAAACGAAGAGGCGGAGAGUGAAGAAAUUGGAAAGAAACGCGUGGUUGGUUCGGUGGCGGGGAGCUUGGAUUUCAUCAACGUGGCUGGUUUGCACAGCUUAUAUCCGUGCAAUCGCGACUCCGGCAAGGAGUAACUAUCUGGGUACAUGAAAGAAGGACAUGAACUACUCUCAAGGGAAGGGACGGCUCUACCCGGCCUACAGUUUGAGCGGCAGCGAGGGUGAGGAAAAUUCGCCAAGCCUGCGAGGUCGUGCCCCCCCCGCCUACCCUCAAAACAAUCACCAGACCACGCAAUCGCAUCUAAAUCACUACAACGCCAGCCAGCAUAAACAACGUGCCUAUCAACAGCAACAACAGCAUCCCUUGUAUCAUAUGCCCAGCACCGGCGCUGGACUUAGCGACACACCGACUUCCGGUAACGCGUCCGACGAAACCCUCACCGAUAGUGAUCUGAUCACUGUUGCCCGCGACUCUGCUCUGCUCGUUCAUAACGGGUGUUUGUUGGACAAUUCGGCGCCGCGGGGCCCGCCCGAUGUGCCUCCGCGUAAUCCUACAAUGAGUCGCGUCAACGGAAGAUUGCCAGGAAGUCACGCAGCCAGCGACCACGAGCGUGAUCCCGACCUCCAGCCAUCCUGCCUCGUACGCACCUCAUCCGGCGGCUUUUACAGUAUACCAAAGAUACCGAAGAAUGAGUACAACAACAAGAAUCAGUCCACGGGGAAUAGUCCGAUAAAGGUCGAGCUGCAGAACAACAUGGACAGGGUACCCCUGCCGUACGGCCACGCGUCUUCGAUGAUCCCAAUGAGGAGGCAAAGCAUUCGUUGCCAUUUCGUGAAAGGGGUCGACUGGUGCAGCUGGAAAUUGAUCGCUAUGAUACUGCUUAUGGUCUCGCUGUGCAUAACGGCGGCCCUAGCCUACGUCGUGGUCUCGAGCAUAGUGAACCGAUCCUACCAGGGCACGAAAGCGUGCGCGGUACUGGUUAGCGAGAGCACGGACACGAAAGCGUUGUCCUCGGACGGGAACAAGACCUCUUCGUCGGCGAGCGCUUCGUCCUCGCAGUCGAGCGGUCGAACACGGCAACAGGCAUCCUCUGGAGGUGCGAGAACAUUCCCAGCCAGAUCUUUUCCACCUGACGGAACCACAUUCGCCCAAGUGGGGCUGGGACAGAAGCUGAGCAAAGAGAUACCACCUUACAGCUACUGGAACAUGCAAUUCUAUCAGUCGGAAGCCGCGUACGUGCGGUUCGACUAUAAUAUUCCUCGUGGAGCGAGCAUCGGUGUCUACGCGAGAAGAAACGCGCUUCCUACGCACACGCAGUACGAUCUCCUUGAAGUAUUGAGUGGUUUCAAGGCCAGGACCACAAGGGCGUCCCAUGUUAGUGUUAUUCCAUCGAUCAAGAAGGAAGUGACGCACUACAUGGAACCUGGCCACUGGUUCCUUUCGUUGUACAACGACGACGGGGAUCCUCAGGAGGUGUCGUUCAUAGCUAUAAUCGCGGAAGACAUGACGCAUAAUUGUCCGAACGGUUGUAGCGGAAAGGGGGAAUGUUUGCUGGGUCAUUGCCAAUGUAACCCUGGUUUCGGUGGCGAAGAUUGCAGCGAGAGUGUCUGUCCGGUCCUCUGCAGCCAACGUGGCGAGUACAUAAACGGGGAAUGCCAAUGCAAUCCUGGCUGGAAGGGCAAGGAAUGUUCUCUCCGACACGACGAAUGCGAAGUGCCUGAUUGUAACGGACACGGGCAUUGCACGAAUGGAAAGUGCAAUUGCGUACGUGGCUACAAAGGGAAGUAUUGCGAGGAAGUGGACUGCCCCCAUCCGACUUGCUCCGGUCAUGGUUUCUGCGCGGAGGGCACCUGCAUUUGUAAGAAAGGGUGGAAAGGAGCGGAUUGCAGCCAAAUGGACAAGGAAGCGUUGCAGUGCCUGCCCGACUGUAGCGGACACGGGAACUUUGAUCUUGAAACUCAGACGUGCCUCUGCGAACCCAUGUGGUCUGGCGAUGACUGCUCCAAAGAGUUAUGCGAUUUGGAUUGCGGUCCCCACGGGCAUUGCGUGGACAACGCUUGCGACUGUUUGCCCGGAUGGUCGGGCGAGCUGUGCAAUUUGAAGCAAUGCGAUCCACGAUGCAACGAGCACGGCCAAUGUAAGAACGGUACUUGCUUGUGCGUGACCGGUUGGAACGGAAAACACUGCACCAUGGAAGGUUGCCCAAAUUCCUGUUCCGGGCACGGACAAUGCAGAGUCAGCAACGAUGGCCAGUGGGAGUGCAGGUGUUACGAUGGUUGGGAUGGCAAAGAUUGCAACGUGCUCCUCGAACAGAACUGCAACGACGGAAGAGACAACGACAAAGACGGUCUCAUCGAUUGCGCGGAUCCGGAAUGUUGCUCGAAUCAUAUAUGCCGUAGCAGCCAGCUUUGCGUGUCAGCACCGAAGCCGAUCGAUAUACUUCUGCGAAAGCAGCCGCCGGCCAUCACCGCUUCCUUCUUCGAGAGGAUGAAAUUUUUAAUCGACGAGGGCAGCCUGCAGAACUACGCUCGCCAGGAGACCUUCAACGAGAGUAUGUUCUGGAAUCACUUCAACACAAGCCGAUCGGCCGUUGUCCGUGGUCGCGUUGUCACGCAUCUUGGCACCGGUCUGAUGGGAGUGCGAGUCAGUACCAGCACACCCCUGGAAGGCUUCACCCUGACGAGAGACGACGGCUGGUUCGAUCUCCUAGUGAACGGUGGUGGUGCGGUCACUCUCCAGUUCGGCAGGUCGCCCUUUAAGCCGCAGAGCCACAUAGUUUUCGUCCCAUGGAACGAGGUUGUGAUUAUCGACAAAAUCGUGAUGAGCACCGCUGAAGAAAAGCAACCUAACCACGUUCCACACGCUUGCGCGGCUCAUGAUUACGAUCUGAUGAAGCCAGUGGUUCUGGCGACGUGGAAGCACGGUUUCCAGGGUGCCUGUCCCGACAAGAGCGCCAUUUUGGCCGAGUCCCAAGUCAUACAAGAAAGCCUGCAAAUACCUGGCACAGGAUUGAAUCUUGUUUACCACAGCUCCAGAGCAGCCGGCUAUCUAUCCACGAUACAAUUGCAAUUGACACCGGAAGUCAUACCGCCUACUCUAAAUCUAAUCCAUUUGAGAAUUACAAUCGAGGGUAUCCUAUUCGAGAAAACGUUCGAGGCGGAUCCAGUGAUAAAAUUCACUUACGCGUGGAAUCGAUUGAACGUCUAUAGGCAACGCGUUUACGGUGUCACCACGGCUAUGGUGAAAGUUGGAUACGAGUACAACGACUGCAAAGACAUCAUCUGGGACGUGCAGACGACGAAACUUAGCGGUCACGAUAUGUCCAUUUCCGAAGUUGGCGGAUGGAAUUUGGAUAUUCACCAUAGAUAUAAUUUCCAUGAAGGUAUAUUGCAAAAAGGAGACGGUUCGAAUAUCUAUCUGAAACAGAAACCCAGGGUUAUUCUGACGACUAUGGGAGAUGGACACCAGAGGCCAUUGGACUGUUACGAUUGCGACGGGCAAGCUUCCAAACAACGACUUCUUGCUCCCGUUGCUCUCGCUACUGCUCCUGAUGGUUCCAUUUUUGUCGGUGAUUUUAAUCUCGUGAGAAAGAUCCUCGUCGAUGGAACUGUUAGGACUGUUGUCAGACUCAACGCAACAAGAGUCUCUUACCGCUAUCACAUAGCUCUCAGUCCAUUGGACGGUUCCCUCUACAUUUCUGACCCGGAAUCCCAUCAAAUUAUCCGAGUCCGCGAUACCAACGAUUACUCUGACCCUGAUCACAACUGGGAAACGGUAGUUGGAUCCGGAGAACGCUGUCUUCCUGGUGAUGAAGCCCAUUGCGGAGACGGUGCUCUCGCUAGAGAUGCCAAACUGGCCUAUCCCAAAGGAGUAGCUGUAUCCGCCGACAAUGUACUGUAUUUCGCAGACGGAACUAACAUCAGAAUGGUCGACAGAGAUGGUAUCAUCACCACCGUGAUCGGCAAUCACAUGCACAAAUCGCAUUGGAAACCCAUCCCUUGCGAGGGUACCUUGAACGUGGAAGAAGUUCAUCUUCGUUGGCCUACGGAAUUAGCGAUCAAUCCUCUGGACAACUCGUUGCAUAUGAUCGAUGAUCACAUGGUACUUCAACUGGCUCCAGACGGACGUGUCAAAGUUGUUGCUGGACGCCCAUUACACUGUGCAUCGCCAUCUUCCUCGUUCGACACGGAACUCGCGACACAUGCAACACUGGUGAUGCCUCAGAGUAUCGCGUUCGGCCCAUCUGGAAAUCUGUAUAUCGCUGAAAGUGACUCUCAAAGAAUUAAUCGUGUGAGAGUGAUCGGUACAGAUGGCAAGAUCUCGCCAUACGCAGGGGCAGAAUCGAAGUGCAAUUGCUUGGAACGUGGUUGCGAUUGUUUCGAAGCUGAUCACUAUCUCGCAUCUACCUCCAAAUUCAACACGAUAUCCGCAGUAGCUGUAUCCCCUGACGGUGUUGUACAUAUUGGUGACCAAGCGAACUACAGGAUACGAUCCGUAAUGGCGAGCAUCCCAGACGCCAGUGGUGCAAGGGAAUAUGAAAUUUACUCACCGGAUACCCAAGAGAUUUACGUAUUCAACAGAUUCGGCCAACACGUGGCUACUAAAAACAUUCUCACCGGUGAAGCUGUUUAUCAGUUCACGUACAAUGUCAAUACCAGCAAUGGAAAACUCAGUACUGUCACAGAUGCAGCUGGUAAUAAAGUGUUCUUGUUAAGAGAUUACAGUAGUCAAGUGAAUUCCAUCGAGAACACCAAAGGACAGAAGUGCAGGCUUAGGAUGUCCAGGAUGAAAAUGUUGCACGAGUUAAGCACUCCGGAUAAUUAUAACGUCACGUUCGAUUACCAUGGACCGACUGGUUUGCUGAAAACCAAAUUGGAUAGUACAGGCAGGAGUUACGUUUAUAAUUAUGAUGAAUUUGGCAGACUUACUACUGCUGUAACGCCAACAGGAAAGGUGAUCAGUUUGACCUUUGAUCUGAGUUUGAAAGGUGCAGUAGUGAAGGUUGGACAGAAUAAUAGAAAACCCAUCUCGAUGCUGAUCAAGGGAUCUUCCGUUGUGACGAAAAUUGGAGAAGCUGAACAGAGAACAACUGUGCUUCCUGAUGGUUCCGUGGGUCAGGUCACGCCAUGGGCUCACACGGUUAGCACCGAUACCUUACCAUAUUCCGUGUUGGCCGAAAUCGAGCCGCUAUUGGGCGAGAGUUAUCCAGUACCUGCUAAACAGAAAACGGAAAUCGCUGGAGAUUUGGCGAAUAGAUUCGAAUGGCGAUACUUCCUGCGGAAACUUCAAGGUAACAAGAAUAGAGGUAAUUCGAAGUCCGUGGCUCAAGUUGGCAGAAAGCUUCGUGUCAAUGGAGAUGUUCUACUAUCUCUCGAGUACGAUAGGGAGACUAAUAGCGUGGCCGUGUUCAUGGAGGAUAUAGAGUUUCUAAAUGUCACUUAUGAUAAAACGGCAAGACCGGUUAAAUGGGGACCGAGAAAUGGUAUCUUCUCAGGUGUAGAACUCGAAUACGAUCGGUUUAGUAGAUUAACUAGUUGGACUUGGGGUGACAUCAGCGAAACCUAUGGUUUCGAUAGGGCUGGAAGAUUGUACGAAAUCAAAUAUAGCGAUGGCACAUCGAUGGUGUAUGCAUUCAAGGAUAUGUUCAGUAGUCUUCCGCUGAAAGUAACCACGCCAAGAGGAAGCGAUUAUUUAUUGCAAUACGAUGAAGCUGGGGCAUUGCAAUCGUUAACUACUCCAAGAGGUCAUAUUCACGCCUUCUCGUUACAAACCUCUUUAGGAUUCUACAAAUAUCAAUAUUACUCACCAAUGAACAGGCAUCCGUAUGAAAUUUUGUACAACGAUGAUGGACAGAUUUUAGCGAAGGUGUAUCCUCAUCAAAGUGGCAAGGUUGCUUAUGUUUAUGAUCAUACUGGAAAACUGGAGACCACUCUUGCUGGAUUAUCUUCGAUACACUACACCUAUCAAGAAACCACAAGUCUAGUCCACAGCAUCGAUAUCAAUGAACCAAAUUUCGAAAUGCGUAUUGAAUAUAAAUAUCAUGCAGGAAUUGUCAAAGAUGAGAAGAUUAAAUUCGGUAGUAAGAGUGGUUUGGAUAACGCGCGUUAUCGCUACCAAUACGAUGGUAACGCUCGAAUAUCGGGUAUCGAGGUUGAUAUCAAUGGGAAACAGCUUCCUCAAUUACGGUUAAAAUACAAUCAAAACCUUGGAAUAUUAGAAGGCGUAGGAGAUCUCAGAAUAUACAGAAAUCUGUUCAACAGAUCUGUAAUGCAAGAUAGUAGCAAACAAUUCUUCACUGUCACUGAUUACGACGAACAUGGCCGAGUUAAGGCAGUUUUAAUGAACAUUCGAUCGUUGGACGUGUUCCGUAUGGAACUUGAAUAUGAUAACAGAAAUCGUAUAAAGAUGAGAAAACUCUCUAUUGGAAAAGAUGCCAUGGAAAAGAAGGAAUGGACCAAGAUGGAGAAGAUAACGUACAAUGCUGAUGGACAUGUAUUGGAAGUAGCAGAUACGGAAAAUAAUUGGCAAUACGCGUAUGAUGAAAAUGGUAACGUGAUAGGUGUCACGGAACAUAAUGAAAAAAUCGCAUUGGGAUAUGAUAGUGGGGAUCGUGUUGUUCAAUAUGGCGACGUCGAAUUUAAUUCUUACGAUGGACGGGGCUUCGUCGUUAUUCGAGGAGAGCACAAAUACAGAUACAACUCACGUGGCCAGUUGAUUCAUGCAUCAGAGCACAAGAAAUUCCAGAUAUGGUAUUUCUAUGAUGAUCGUGGUCGAUUAGUAGCUUGGAAUGAUGAUCGCGAAAAUAUUACGCAAUUUUUCUACGCGAACCCGAAGACGCCGGAUCUGAUCACACACAUUCACUUCCCAAAAUCCUCGAAAACAUUCCGAUUCCUCUACGAUUCCCGCAAUUUCCUCAUGACAGUAGAAACGUCUGAACAAAGGUUCUACGUGGCAACUGAUCAAAAUGGCUCCCCUUUGGCGCUGUUCGACACUAAUGGAAAUUUGAUCAAGGAAAUGAGACGUACACCAUUUGGAAAGAUAAUCAAAGAUACCAAUCCAGAUUUCUAUCUUCCUAUCGAUUUCCACGGUGGUCUUCUCGAUCCGAAUACAAAAUUAGUCUACUUAAAUAAAAGACUAUACGAUCCGACCGUUGGACAAUGGAUGACACCUGCGUGGGAACAAAUGGCAAACGAGCUCACCACUCCAACGGACAUUUUCAUCUAUCGUUUCCGUAACAACGAUCCCAUCAAUUUUAAACAAAACGUCGAGUACAUGACCGAUUUAAGUAGCUGGUUGAAACUUUAUGGCUACGAUAUUUCCGCGAUGUUAGGUUCCGAAUACAUGAAACAAAUGGUGUACCAACCUAGUGCUAUGGUUACGUCGCCACAAUUGACGCCAGACUUUGGUGUUAUGUCAGGUUUACAGUGCAUCGUCAAUCGUGUACACGAAAAAUUUUCCGAUUUAGGAUUCGUCCCCAAACCCUUACUCAAAUUAGAACCAAAGACGAGAAACCUUCUUCCUCGCGUAGCCCAUCGUCGUGCUGUAUUUGGAGAAGGCAUACUGGUGUCUCGUGUCGGUGGACGAGCACUCGUUAGUGUAGUAGAUGGAGUGAAUAGUGUCGUCCAGGAUGUAGUGACAUCUGUGUUCAACAACUCGUAUUUCCUGCCGUUGCAUUUUAGCGUCCAUGACCAGGAUGUGUUCUACUUUGUAAAGGAUAACGCGUUGAAGAUUCGUGACGAUAUGGAAGAACUUCGUCGUCUAGGUGGGAUGUUUAACGUUUCUACUCAUGAAACCACAGAACAUGGCUCUGGUACUUGGAAAGAAUUGAGGUUACACAAUCCGGACGCCGCUGUCGUGAUUAAGUACGGAGCGGAUCCUGAACAAGAAAGGCAUAGAAUAUUAAAACACGCUCACAAAAGAGCAGUGGAAAGAGCCUGGGAAAUUGAGAAGCAGCUCGUAAUGGCUGGUUUCCAAGGUAGAGGUGAUUGGUCGAAAGAAGAAAAGGAUGAACUGAUUAGUCGAGGUACGGUAAGCGGUUACGAAGGUGUCGAUAUUCACAGUGUACACAGAUAUCCACAAUUAGCCGAUGAUCCUGGUAACGUAGCGUUCACCAGAGAUACAAAAAGAAAACGACGGAAGAGUGGGAACAGGCGUAAUAGGAUUCACAGGCAUGACUCGUGAUUCGAGGAUGUGACGCGGGAUCGUAACGCUAUUUGGGACUUGAUUCAUGCACCUACGUGAAUCCGCGAACAAACAUACCGAAAGAACAAUGAAGAGAGACAAGACUAACGUUCGUUCCAUCGAGCCGAUUAUAAAAAGAAAAAAAGGAAAGGUUCAUCGAGAUAGCGAUAUAUACGUGCCGUCUAACCUCUUUUCUCCCCGAUCGUUCUCUCUGUUCUCUUACCGCACUCGUGAUCAAGAUGGUGGACAAGAAUGAAAAUAAUAGAAAUGUAUUCUUUCGAUCAACGGCUUGAGAAUCAUAUGGUGAUGCUGUCCGUUUUUUUAUUUUGUGUGUAGCAAAUCCUGCUCGGUGUGCCAUAAUAGCGUUGCUUGUGAUUCAAUCGUGUUCAUAAUUUUUUUUUUGUCGACAGCACGAUCGAAGAUGUUUGUUCGGCGACAGUAUAUAUAUGUAUAUACGUUUGUGGAAAAAUCGUGGUUCGCGAAGAAGAUUGAGCUAGUCACGAGAAAAAAAAGAUAAAGAAAAAGCUUGUUAUGUGGUGAUUAGUUUAUAUUCAUAAUCAAAGAAAAUGAUACUUAUUCGCAAUUGACGUGUUAAGACAUUGAAGUAAGUGCAUGAACGUUUAAGGUGCCGUCCGUGAAUAAUGAAAUUUGAGAUAAAAA